UACCAUUGGUCUGUUUACUUCCGUUUGGUUAACACGUGUGUUUUUAGUUAUCUUCUUCUGUAUUGACGUAUUCGUAUAUAUCUUUAGAUAGAAAUGUAGAAAGACAAAAAGUCAAAAUGUUAAGAAGACAAGCUAGACUUAGAAGAGAGUAUAUAUACAGAAAAUCUAUAGAAGAUAGAGAGAGAACAAUUCUAGAAAAAAAGCAAAAAUUAAAGAAUGCUUUAGACGACAACAAACAGAUACCCACUGAUUUACAGAGUGAUGCUGUUGAACUUCAGAAGACCUUGGACUGGGACGAUAAAGGAGCAGACGGUUUGACCACUCACAUCGACGAUGAAUAUAAAUGGGCUGGAGUUGAAGAUCCUAAAAUUAUGGUCACCACAUCCAGAGAUCCUAGUUCUAAACUUAAGCAGUUUGCAAAGGAGAUGAAAUUGAUAUUCCCUAAUAGUCAGAGAAUAAACAGAGGAAACUAUGAAAUAAAACAGAUUAUAGAAGCUUGUCGAGCCAAUGAUGUCACAGAUCUUGUAAUAUUACAUGAACAUAGAGGAGUUCCAGAUGGUUUGGUAGUAUGUCAUCUGCCAUAUGGGCCCACAGCAUAUUUUACUUUAUCCAAUGUUAUUAUGAGACAUGACAUACCAGACGUAGGGACUAUGUCAGAGGCUUAUCCACACCUUAUAUUUAAUAAACUUACCACAAGACUUGGUAGAAGGGUGAUGAACAUUCUUAAGUAUUUAUUCCCAGUACCAAAGGAAGAGAGCAAAAGAGUGAUGACAUUUGCUAAUGAAGAUGACUUUAUAUCAUAUAGACAUCAUGUUUACAAGAAGAGUGAAGAGGGUAAAGACAUUGAAUUAAGUGAAGUUGGUCCAAGAUUUGAAAUGCAGUUAUACCAGAUUAUAUUAGGUACUAUUGAUACUAAAGAUUCUGCUGAUAUAGAAUGGGUAUACAGACCUUACAUGAAUACAGCAAAGAAAAGGAAAUUCUUAGCUGAAACAGAGGAUGAAUGAAGUAGAAGAUAAACUUAAGCAAACUGUGUUCAUAAGUUCUACAGUUAUAAAGCAUAUGUUGGCAGGAACAAAAGAUCUCUCGACUUGUUUAUGUGCACAUUAUUGAGAAUGUUUUUAUAAUUGGAAAGGUUGAUAGUGAAAAUUGUUCAUUUUGUCAAGACAUUGAUGUGCAAUAAUCAUUUCACUACAUUAAAGAUUUCCAGAAAAAAACCAUUAAAGAAUAUUUUAUUUAA